AUGGAGACCGUUAUCGGCAUCAAAUUUAACGACUUCGUGCUCAUCGCCACGGACAUGACGGCCGCACACAGCAUAAUGGUCAUGAAAGACGAUGAAGACAAGACUUACAACAUCACUGACAACGUGGUAAUGGGUGUUACUGGUGAGGCAGGUGAUGUACCUAGGUUUGCUGAGUAUAUUACACAAAAUGUCAAAUUAUACCGCAUGCGCAAUGGAUACGAUCUGUCUAUUCCAGCCAUUGCAACAUUCACUCGUAAAACUGUUGCUGAACACCUUAGAAGCCAAAGUCCUUAUCAAGUAAACUUCAUGCUUGGAGGAUAUGAACCCAAAGAUAAGCAAUCAUACUUAUACUUUAUUGAUUAUUUGGGAGCCCAAGUUGAUGUUCCAUAUGGUGCUCACGGAUAUGGUGGUAUGAUGACAAUUACAGUUAUGGACCGUUACUACAAAGCAGAUGCAAAUUAUCAAGAAGCAUACGAUCUACUGAAAAAAUGCAUUUUAGAAGUUCAAAAGCGUUGCAUCAUUAACAUGCCUAAAUUUAAAGUUAAAUUGUCAUAUGCUGGAGGUAUUCAAGAAUUGCCAGCAAUUACCAAGGAUAAUAUUGAACAAAAUAUUAUUGUUAAUGUAAAAGAAUAAAUAUAUUCUGACAUUUACUUCUUUCUAAAUGUAUUU